UGACAACCCUAUCGCUCUCCAUUUUCGUCGCGUUUCGCUUUGUGCUCUCUGGAAUAGAAUAGAAUCAGAUUUUUGGAAAACAAAACACAACAAACGAUAAUGAAUAACCUAAAAUGGAUGGGUCACUCGUCCACAAUUAUGGAUAUCCAGCGCGUUCUCCUCAACCAGCAAAGCAGCAACGAAAGCUGCGAGGUAUUGCUAGUGGCCAAAGAUGGUAUCAGUGUCCGUGCACAUCUAUUCGUGCUCAGCACGUGCAGCGAUCUAAUGCGUAAUCUGCUGGUCGAUUUACCCGUCGGCCAGGAGGCAACAGUUAUCCUGCCCGACAUUCGUGGCGAGCUGCUGGAGAGCAUGUUAUCGUUUAUUUACAUGGGAGAAACCAGCUUAUCAUCUGCCCUGCUCACCGAGUUUCUCGAAGCAAUCAAUCUCUUGGGCAUUAAAUCGGCAAUAAGCUUUGAAACGAAUCCCACAGCGAUGACCACCACAAAUGUGGUCACUGGAGCAAUGGCUGUGGAGGCAGCCAAGUCCAUUAGUGGCUUGCACAUUGCGAAUACAGCACUUAUGGAGGAGGAGGAGGAGGAAGAGGAUGGCAACGUGGUCGUCGGCAAACUGGAAGUAGGCAAUUCCGUACUCACUGACCAUCCGCAACAGAGCCAGCAGCAGGAUGGCAGAUCCUUGGAAUUCCUCGAUGUGUAUACGGAUCAGCCAAAGAUAACAUAUUCCAUUGAACACAUGGGUGGCACAUCCAGUGGCAAUCAGUACAUAUUAACGGAGAACACGGGCACAUUUACCAUCACACAAUCCGCAUCCUCAGUGACCAAAUUGGGAGGCACUGUGGUUGACCAUGUCACAGGUAGUGAGUUGGCGGUGGAUGAUGGGGAGGCUGAUGUUAUAGACGACCAUGAGGAAUCCGAGUCACAUUUAAUUGAAGAGGACUAUGUUCCAACUGCUGGUCCUUUAAUAGAGAUGGGUGCAGAUGCGGAUGCAGAUGUUGAUAUGACUGAGGAUGUAAUGCACGAGGAAGAUGCUGGCGAAGAGGAGGAGGAAGAGGAAUUACUGGAUGUGAAGCCACGUAAAUCGCAGCUAGACAUGAAAAUCCUGCGGACAAAGGUACAGCCACGUUCAACGACCUCAAAGGCUUCCAAGAAGACAAUGACCAAACAGCAUCAACAAUAUGCGGAACUCAAAAAGGAGAUCAAAGACGACAUCAACGAUGCCCUGGAACUGGCAGCAGACGCAGUGCUUCACGAGGGUCUUAGCCUACAAAAGGCUGCCGAUCGUUACGACAUAUCGAAGACCGUACUGUGGCGACGUGUCCGUUCCAAUCCUGCCUACAUGAGAAUCAAACGCGAGAAGCCCUCACUCUCGGAGGCGUAUGAGCGCCUAAAGAACGGUGACUCCUUGAAGAGCAUUAGUCAAGAUCUGAGCAUACCCAUGUCCACAUUGCACAGACAUAAGGUGCGACUGGCGGCCCAGGGUCGUUUGCCCGAAUUCGUUGCCUGUAGGAGACGGGACAGCACUCCAAAGGACGAGCUGCGGGACAAGCUGGCCAAGGCGGUACAUGCCUGUGUCAAUGGAGGCAUGUCCCAGAAUCAUGCAGCGAAUCUCUUCGAAAUACCCAAGAGCACACUCUGGCGACAUCUGCAGCGUCGGGUCACAGAGGCGGAGCGAAAGGUCAAAGAGGAGCAGGAGGAGGAAGAUGAAGAAGACACUCUCAACUAGAUAUAUUCAUAUCAUACAUUCGUACAUAAAUAUUUAGAUGUACACUUAUACAUAGUCUGCAUAUGCAUUGUUUUAAUCCUUGUAGGAAUCAUGUAGAAUUAAACUUCAAUUUAAAUUCGA